AUGUACUGAAAGACUUAAUUCAGUGAGAGAGAUCCUGAUGAACACAGCUAUAUUUGUCCUGACAAGCACAGAACUUGAAUCCACAUGGAGGCAUGAGGUUUCUCAGCUAUGGAUCCCACCUGUACUGCCAAGUGAGACGGCAUCGACCCCUGCUCCUGCCUCCUGUAAGCGAGCUGCAGGUGGAGCCCACGGAGUUUCGCUCGUGCUGCGAGAGGAGGGAGUUCAAAAGCUGUCCGUCGUGGUGCUGGGGUGCUGCAAAGCCCUGGGCUUGUCAACAUGACGAAGUCUGCGAGCGUUCCAGUACCUCUGUAGACAUUGAUGAUGAGUGUUAAUAACCUGCGUUGCUGAAAAUGCUAUGAACAAAAACAGUACAAAAAUGGACUCAAGUUCUGCAAGAUGAUACUCUCUAACCCAAAAUUUGCUGAACAUGGAGAAACGCUCGCUAUGAAAGGACUGACCUUGAACUGUUUAGGGAAGAAGGAAGAAGCAUAUGAGUUUGUUCGUAAAGGACUUCGUAAUGAUGUAAAGAGUCACGUCUGUUGGCACGUCUAUGGUCUUUUGCAGCGUUCUGAUAAGAAGUAUGAUGAAGCCAUCAAGUGUUACCGGAAUGCGCUCAAGCUAGAUAAGGAUAAUCUACAGAUCUUGAGAGAUCUUUCUCUGUUGCAGAUCCAGAUGAGGGAUUUAGAAGGAUAUAGAGAGACAAGAUACCAGCUACUUCAGCUGCGCCCCACACAACGGGCUUCCUGGAUUGGAUAUGCAAUUGCAUACCAUUUACUUAAAGAUUAUGAUAUGGCCUUAAAACUACUUGAAGAGUUUAGAAAAACCCAACAGAUUCCUCCAAAUAAAAUAGAUUAUGAAUAUAGUGAACUGAUUUUAUAUCAAAAUCAAGUGAUGAGAGAGGCAGAUCUAUUUCAAGAGUCUUUAGAACAUAUAGAAACAUAUGAAAAGCAAAUAUGUGAUAAAUUAAUAGUAGAAGAAAUCAAAGGAGAAAUGUUGUUGAAGUUGGGAAGACUAAAAGAAGCUGGUGAAGUAUACAAAGAGUUAAUUGAGCGCAAUGCAGAAAACUGGUAUUAUUAUGAAGGCCUGGAAAAGUCCCUACAACCUAGCACUUUAGAAGAGAGGCUUCAGAUUUAUGAAGAAGUUAGUAAAAGGCAUCCCAGAGCAGUUUCACCUAGAAGAUUACCUUUAAACUUUGUUUCAGGUGAAAAAUUUAGAGAACUAAUGGAUAAGUUCCUGAGGGUUAACUUCAGUAAAGGCUGCCCACCCUUGUUUACCACUUUGAAAUCUUUAUAUUACAAUCCAGAAAAGGUUUCUACAAUCCAAGAACUUGUUACUGGUUAUGAAGCCUCUUUGAAAACGUGUGACCUUUUUGGUCCAUGUGAAAAUGGAGAGAGAGAGCCCCCAACGACGCUACUUUGGGUUCGGUAUUUCCUGGCACAGCACUUUGACAAACUUGGCCAAUGUUCUUUGGCCUUGGAUUACAUCAAUGCUGCAAUUGCAAGCACUCCAACAUUAAUAGAACUGUUCUAUUUAAAAGCAAAAAUUUACAAGCAUGUAGGUAACCUGAAGGAAGCUGCAAAAUGGAUGGAUGAAGCACAAUCUUUGGAUACUGCAGACAGAUUUAUCAAUUCUAAGUGUGCUAAAUACAUGCUGCGAGCAAAUAUGGUGAAAGAUGCAGAGGAGAUGUGUUCUAAGUUUACACGGGAAGGGACUUCUGCUAUGGAAAACCUAAAUGAGAUGCAGUGUAUGUGGUUCCAGACUGAAUGUGCUGCAGCUUAUCAAAGGCUAGGGAAGUAUGGUGAUGCCUUGAAAAAAUGUCACGAAGUAGAAAGGCAUUUUUUUGAGAUAACAGAUGAUCAAUUUGACUUCCACACAUACUGCAUGAGAAAGAUGACUCUUCGUGCCUAUGUAGACCUUUUGAGAUUAGAAGAUGUGCUCAGGAAACAUGCCUUCUACUUCAAGGCUGCUCGAUCAGCAAUUGAAAUCUACUUGAAGCUUCAUGAUAAUCCUCUUACCAAUGAAAGCAAAGAACAAGAAGUGAAUUCAGAAAAUCUCUCAGCCAAAGAAUUGAAGAAAAUGCUUAGCAAGCAGAGAAGAGCACAGAAGAAAGCAAAACUUGAAGAGGAAAGAAAACAUGCAGAAAGAGAGCGACAACAAAAGAAUCAAAAGAAAAAGCGAGAUGAAGAGGAGGAAGAAACUAGUGGACCCAGGGAAGAACUAGUUCCUGAAAAACUGGAAAGGGUUAGCAUGGUAGAAAAUCCAUUAGAAGAAGCCAUUAAGUUCCUAAUACCACUUAAGAAUCUUAUUGGAGAUAAUAUAGACACACAUUUGUUAGCAUUUGAAAUAUACUUUAGAAAAGGAAAAUUUCUGUUAAUGUUACAGUCUGUCAAAAGAGCUUUUGCUAUCAACAGUAAUAACCCAUGGCUACAUGAGUGCUUGAUUAAAUUCUCUAAAGCUGUAUCUGACCAUAGUAACCUCCCAGAAAUUGUGAGCAAGGUCCUAAAUCAAGAAAUGCAGAAAAUCUUUGUUAAUAAAAAUUUGGAAAGUUUUAAUGAAGAGUUUCUCAAACACAAUGCUACCUCCAUUCAGCACCAACUGUCAGGUGCAAAGAUGAUGUAUUUCCUGGACAAAUCAAGGCAAGAAAAAGCUAUUGCUGUGGCUACUAGGUUGGAUAAAAACAUGAGAGACAAAAAUGUGAAGACAUUAACAAAGGUUUUCGAGGCACUGCUUGAUGGCAGUUUCGGAAGCUGCCACACUCAAUGUGAAGAAUAUCAAGCAGCAUGUCAUAAACUGUUCCCUUUUACAUCUGCCUUUAUGCCUGCCACAAAUGAGGAUGAUAGCAGCAUUGCAUCUGUGAAUCAUACAGCCAUUAAUCAUGAUUUACUCUCUAAUGAAAUAUGAAGUAGCGUGUGCAAGCCCAUGUGUGUGUCUACCUACCUACACACACACAAAACUCUGACUGUCAUUACAUGCUGGCUGGAUAUGGAUCAGGGUUACUUUUCCAGGUUGUAUUUUAAUAUCUUUAACAGGUAUAAAAUGAAAUAUUUGGAUAGUUAAAUGAAAUGGAUUAUACUAUUAGUUAUUUUUUUCUCCCAACAAAAACUGCCAAUAUUUAUGUAAACAUUAUCCUUAAUCACCAUUUUUCAUGUUUAUACUUGUACAGUUUUAAGUCUUUUAAUAAUCCAUCAGCCUUCCCUCACAAAAAAUUAUGGAUGUUGAAGACUGCUUUCACAUAAGUGUCAUUACAUAUGCAUAUAAAUGUGAUCAUAUCUUGUUAAUAAAUUCUUUUGAGCAUUUUUAGCAGAUUAA